ACGCGGACCUCGGGGUGCGGUUGUGCCCGGCUCCACGCGCGCGCGGGCGAUGCGGGGCCGGGGGACGUCCCUGGCGCGGGUUUAACAAAGGGACUGGAGACUGAUGCAUGAGGGGCCCACGGAGGCGCAGGAGCGGUGGUGAUGGUGUGGGAAGCGGAGCUGAAGUGCGCUGGGCUUUGGUGAGGAGUGACAGUUUAUCAUGACUGUGUUCAGGCAGGAAAACGUGGAUGAUUACUACGACACCGGCGAGGAACUUGGCAGUGGGCAGUUCGCAGUCGUGAAGAAAUGCCGGGAGAAAAGCACCGGUGUACAGUAUGCCGCCAAGUUUAUCAAGAAAAGGAGGACGAAGUCCAGCCGGCGGGGCGUGAGCCGCGAGGACAUCGAGCGGGAGGUCAGCAUCCUGAAGGAGAUCCAGCACCCCAACAUCAUCACCCUACAUGAGGUUUACGAGAACAAGACAGACGUCAUCCUGAUCUUAGAGCUAGUCGCAGGUGGCGAGCUGUUUGACUUUUUGGCUGAAAAGGAAUCUCUGACUGAAGAGGAAGCAACCGAGUUUCUCAAACAGAUUCUUAACGGUGUUUACUACCUGCACUCCCUACAGAUUGCCCAUUUUGAUCUUAAGCCUGAAAACAUAAUGCUUUUGGAUAGAAAUGUCCCUAAACCUCGAAUCAAGAUCAUUGAUUUUGGGUUGGCCCAUAAAAUUGACUUUGGAAAUGAAUUCAAGAACAUAUUUGGGACACCAGAGUUUGUUGCUCCUGAGAUAGUCAACUACGAACCUCUUGGUCUAGAGGCAGAUAUGUGGAGUAUUGGGGUCAUAACCUAUAUUCUCCUAAGUGGGGCCUCCCCCUUUCUUGGAGACACUAAGCAAGAAACAUUAGCAAACGUGUCGGCUGUCAACUACGAAUUUGAGGAAGAAUACUUCAGUAAUACCAGUGCCCUAGCCAAAGAUUUCAUAAGAAGACUCCUCGUCAAGGAUCCAAAGAAGAGAAUGACAAUUCAAGAUAGUUUGCAGCAUCCCUGGAUCAAGCCUAAAGAUACCCAGCAAGCACUUAGUAGAAAGGCAUCGGCAGUCAACAUGGAGAAGUUCAAGAAGUUCGCAGCCCGGAAAAAGUGGAAACAAUCCGUUCGCUUGAUAUCACUGUGCCAAAGAUUAUCCAGGUCGUUCUUGUCCAGGAGUAACAUGAGUGUUGCCAGAAGCGAUGAUACUCUGGAUGAGGAAGACUCCUUUGUGAUGAAAGCCAUCAUCCACGCCAUCAAUGAUGACAACGUCCCCGGCCUGCAGCACCUCCUGGGCUCAUUGUCCAACUAUGACGUUAACCAACCCAACAAGCACGGGACACCUCCGUUACUGAUCGCCGCUGGCUGUGGGAAUAUUCAAAUACUACAGUUGCUCAUUAAAAGAGGCUCAAGAAUCGAUGUCCAGGAUAAGGGUGGAUCCAAUGCCAUCUACUGGGCCUCUCGGCAUGGCCACGUUGAUACCCUGAAAUUUCUCAAUGAGAACAAAUGCCCUUUGGAUGUUAAAGACAAGUCUGGAGAGACAGCCCUGCACGUGGCAGCUCGCUAUGGGCAUGCUGAUGUGGUCCAGUUACUGUGCACCUUUGGCUCUAAUCCCAAUUUCCAGGACAAGGAAGAAGAAACCCCCCUGCACUGUGCUGCCUGGCACGGGUAUUACUCCGUGGCCAGAGCCCUUUGCGAAGCCGGCUGCAACGUGAACAUUAAGAACCGAGAAGGAGAGACGCCCCUCCUGACAGCCUCUGCCCGGGGCUACCACGACAUCGUGGAGUGUCUGUCUGAACACGGAGCCGACCUCAAUGCCUCCGACAAGGAUGGACACAUCGCUCUUCAUCUUGCCGUGAGACGGUGUCAGAUGGAGGUGAUCCAGACUCUCAUCGGCCAGGGGUGUUCUGUCGACUUCCAAGACAGGCACGGCAACACCCCGCUCCAUGUGGCCUGCAAAGACGGCAACAUGCCUAUUGUGGUGGCCCUCUGUGAAGCCGGCUGCAAUCUGGAUAUCUCCAACAAGUACGGCCGAACGCCUCUGCACCUUGCAGCCAACAACGGGAUUCUGGACGUGGUGCGCUACCUCUGUCUGGCGGGCGCCAACGUGGAGGCGCUGACCUCGGACGGGAAGACAGCAGAAGAGCUCGCUAAAUCAGAGCAGCACGAACACGUAGCAGGUCUGCUUGCAAGACUCCGAAAGGACGCUCACCGGGGACUCUUCAUCCAGCAGCUGCGACCCACGCAGAACCUCCAAUCCAGGAUCAAACUGAAGCUGUUUGGCCACUCGGGCUCCGGGAAGACCACGCUGGUAGAAUCGCUCAAGUGUGGGCUGCUGAGAAGCUUCUUCCGGAGACGCCGGCCCAGACUGUCCUCCGCCAGCUCCACCAGGUUCCCGCCCUCCCCGCUGGCAUCCAAGCCCGCAGGUAGGCGCCUCCACCCCGGCCCUGUCUCUGCUUGA